CUCCCCAAUUUUCCUACCGACAAAGAUGGUCUUAAUAAUGGCAGCCAUAUUUACCGAACACCACUUCCCCUUCCUUUCCUUUUGUUUUGUUUUGUUUAUUUUUCGAGUGAGAAGGGAUCAGAAAAAUGGCUUACAAUCUUCAAUCACUCAUCACCAUCCUCGAACGAACUCUGGAUCCCCAACAAACACGCUGGAUUCUUGGACCUGAGAAACCACAACUCCAAUCCCUCCUCGAAAAAGCUUCUUACCUGCAGCAGCAGAUUCUCCAAAAAACUCCACUACUCACCAAAUUACCAAGCUUGGAGUUCCAAAUCAGAGACGUAGCAAAUGAAGCAGAAGAUAUCGUUGAAUCUCACAUGGUUGAACGAAUGCUCUCGAUGCCUGAAGGCGUGAACUUCACUCCGCUAACACCAGAUGUGCUGCUUGUGACACAAAAACUUGAUUAUGUGAUCGAACAAGUGAAGCUCGUGGAGGUAGAGAGAAACAAGAAGCCGACUGGCAGCUCAUGGAGUGGUGAUGGUGCUUCUUUCUCGAGUUCGAAGAGCGUCGUGGUGGGAGUUGAUGAAGAUCUGAUGCAGCUGAAGGAUCGGCUGAUCGGGAUGCAGAGCAAGCUGGAGAUCCUGCCCAUCGUGGGUAUGGGUGGUAUAGGUAAAACCACUCUUGCUCGAACACUUUAUCAAGAUCCACUCAUUGUUGAGCACUUUAGUCAUCUUGCUUGGACCACAGUUUCGCAAGAUUACAAUAUGCGCUCAAAUCUAUUAAGCCUUCUUCGUUGCAUAACUGGAUCAGACUAUGAACAUAAGGGAGAUGGUGAGUUAAAAGAUAACUUGUAUAGGAGCUUGUAUGGUAGAAGAUACAUGAUUGUAUUAGAUGAUAUUUGGAGCAUCACAUUUUGGGAUGAAAUAAGGAUGUACUUCCCGGACAACAAUAACGGGAGUCGGAUUGUGAUCACCACUAGGGAAUCGGAUGUCGCCAAAUACGCAGACUCCAAGAGUCAGCAUCAUAAGGUGAAGUUGCUGAGCGAGUCUCAAAGUUGGGAUCUUCUUAGCCAAAUUGUGUUUGGAGAAGAGGAUUGCCCUCAUGAGUUACAAGGGAUAGGGAAGAAGAUUUCGAGUGAUUGCGGUGGGCUUCCUCUGGCUGUCAAUGUGAUUGGAGGGCUGUUGUCAAAGGUGGAAAGAUUGAAAGAUGUUUAGGAGAAUAUUGGGAACGACGUAAGAGCUGCAAUUGCUGAAUCGGACAAGCAGUUCUCCAAUAUACUAUCCUUAAGUUAUAACCAUUUGCCGCUUCACUUGAAACCAUGUUUCCUCUAUAUGGCAGGAUUCCCCGAAGAUUAUGAGAUGAAGGCCUCAGGGCUCAUAAGGAUGUGGGUAGCAGAAGGAUUUGUGAAAUCGAAUGGGAAUAAAAGUUUGGAAGAUGAGGCAGAGGAUUAUUUAAAGUCCCUUGUAGAAAGGAAUGUAGUUUCUGUUAGACUUUGUAAUUGGUAUGAAAAAGCAAAGAGGUACAACAUGCAUGAUCUUUUGAGAGAUUUAUGCAUUGGGAAAGCUGAUGAUGAGAAGUUUCUACAUCUCAAGAAUACUCCUAAGGUCAGAUUCUUUAACCAGCUGCGCCGUGUGAGUAUUCACACAUCAUAUGUAUUGGAAGAUAUUGAUGAGUAUGCUUCUUCAUCAGAGAUGUCACUUGUUCGAUCAUUUCUGCUUGUGAUCAAGUUGGAUAGAAAUCUAUCUCCCAUGGUUUUCACAUUAAGAUUGCUUAGGGUGUUGGAUUUAUUGGAAAAUUAUAUUAAUGAGUUCCCAGAAGAAAUAUUACAACUUGUGAACUUACGCUACUUAUCUAUGAAUUGCAAGUCAUUGCCAAGAAGUGGAAUAUCAAGAUUGUGUAAUUUGCAAACAUUGAUUGCUAGGCUAUCCUUCUAUAGCUAUUGCCCAGCUGACUUGUGGGAGAUGUCUGAGUUAAGACAUCUCAUCAUGUUGGGUGUAUAUCUCAGGAUAGAAGAUGAUUACAUGAAAAAAAUUGUUCUGAAGAAGUUGCAGACGAUACGGGGUACUGACUAAGUCAGUCAGUGAUUAGAAGGGGUUUGUUGGAAAGCAUUCCAAAUAUAAAAAACUUGGAAAUCUUUUAUGAGGUUGAAGGCUCAUGGAUGAGUGAAGUAGUUGAUCUGAGUCAUCUUCACAAACUCCAAACGUUAUCCUGGAGUUCAAUGUUCAGGCAAUAUUUGCAUGGACUCAAAUUUCCAUCUACUCUUAGAAAAUUAAGUAUCUAUGGUUGUGUAAUAACUCCGGCAGUGACGAUGGCUCUGUGUGCACUACCGAAUCUGGAAGUGCUCAAGAUAGAGGGAUGUACCUUCAAAAGCAAUGAGACAGAAGAAGAAGAAGAAGAAGCAAAUGAAGAGUGGCAAAUAGCAGAAGGAGAUGAAUUCAGGUCAUUGCAGUUUCUACUACUCCAAGAAUGUUAUAGACUGGUGCGUUGGAGAGCUGAUGAAACUAACUUCCCUAGACUUCAACAUCUCAUUAUACGAGAUUGUGAUGCGCUAGAGGAAAUCCCUGCCGGCAUUGGAGAAAUCCCAACCCUCCAAUUAAUCCAGUUGGUAGAGUGUGGUGAUUCUGUGGUGGCCUCAGCGAAACAGAUUCAGGAGGAGCAGCAAUUUGAAUACGAGAACUACCAACUCCAACUUCGUAUCUCAUAAUUGACGCACUCUCAUCUCUCUCUGUCUCUCGAGCUCGAUUGCCGCUGCCGCCGCCCUCCAUCCGCGCUACAGGCCGCACCACUACCAUAUUUACCUGAACACCUCUUGCCAAUGGCGGCGAUGAAAGUAGUUGAGGCCAGUGCCGGUGCUCUCACUAAUUUCGAAGUGCUUGACCUUUUGAGAUCAAGAGGAGCUGGAAAGGAUGCGUCUUGAGCUAUUGCAACCGUAUCUCAAUCUGAGUUCAAGGUUUUUGAUUAUCUAGAGGGGACUGUUGCUUGCAAUCAAACAAGGGAAAAAUUAUUGAUAACUUUGUUGAAGUGUCAAAAAUUUGACCUGGCCAAGGCAGAGAUUCUUAACAUUGUGAAUAUAAGACCAGGAAAUGAACCUGAGUUUUUCCCGGUAAUCUCUGUCGUUUGUUGUUGUCAUCGAUUUCCUAUUCAUUGGUCUGCUUUUAAUCCUUGCUGUGUUGUUGAAUUGCCAUUUUGUACUUUGUUUUUUUCAGAUUGUUUGCAUUUUUUAGUUGAAAGAGCCAUCCACAUUGUGAAAUUUAUUGAUGUUGUCUGUCCA